AAAAGUCCGUAUGCAAUGUCUAUUCAUAUACUUCGUCUGUUACUUCGUCUGUGAAACAUGGUUUUCUAUACAUUUAAUUACAAACAUAACCGAAGGAUGGAGACACUAGUGGGUUAGGAGUCUAGUACAUUGGAGGGCUUAAAGAAUGUUCACGCUUUUGAUUCAAUGUCGUGUUUGUAAGUGAUAUAUUUCGCUUAUUUUUGUUGUUUGGGAUUUAAAAGUGAUUUAGUUGACUUAUUGGCUAUGUUUCAAAAGUUCUAAGAAUCAUUGAAGCUAUCCUUAUUAAUUUUAUUCUUGUAUUCAUGUGUGAAUUCUAUGGUAAUCGUUUUGUAUGCAUAUAUAGUAAAAUAAAUAGACAAAAAGAUAUUGACAAUCUAUUAAUUUGGCAGUUAAAAGAGCGAUCACAAAACAGGAUAUUGUAAACAUGUGUUCAAUUAAAUGCCUAUAAUAAGUGAAAAUGACAUCAAUAGAGGCACGGAAAGAUUCUGUAAGUUCUUUGCAUCUACAAAAUUCAGCUGAAUCACAAAAAGAAAAUUCGCAAUUAACAAAUAUUCAAAACGGAGAAAAUCUUGUUGACACAAAUAAAGUAGUCACUACAGAUAUAAAAGACAAUAAAGAUGCACAAAAUAUUACAAAUUCUGAUCAGAAAAAAGGGAAAAAUGAGGAGAUGAUUAUUGUAGAAAAUAAUAAAAAAGUAAAAUGUAAUAUGAAUAAAAUAGAACAUAGGCAGAAUGCAGAAAAGUUGGAUGCAAUUUCUUCGGUUUCUGACAAUGAACUUAAGACAAAUAAAAAUGAAAAUGUAAAAGAAACUACAUCUAAAAGUGGAGCUAAUUUAAAGAGGACAAGACGAAAUAUUAGUACACAAGAAACAGAUAUAGCCCUAGAUGAAAGUAAUUCAAAAAAUAAACGAAAAAAAAAAAAUGUAAAUGAUAAAUUUUGUUGGCGAUGUCACAAAGAAUCUGUAGAAGCACAUUGUAGUGCUUGUCCUAGAUCAUGGCAUCGGAAAUGUAUAGGAAUGCAACAAUCAAUUAUUCAAAAUUGGAUAUGUGGAGAAUGUGCAGCUAUUUUGCAAGCAGAAAAUGCAGAAACACGUUCUACAGCUAUGGCACAGCUAUCGGUUGAUCAAUUAUGCUUGCUACUGAAACAUGUAGUUGAGAGAAUGAGAGAAUAUCCUGGUUCAGAACCAUUUUGGAAACCGGUAGAAUUGUCUGAAGCUCCAAAUUAUUUAGAUUAUGUAGUCAAACCAAUGGAUUUAAGUCUUUUAGAAUCAAAUGUUCAGUCUAAAUUAUAUGGUAGUACAGAUGCUUUCAUGGCUGAUGCCAAAUGGAUACAACACAAUUGCAUUGUGUUUAAUACAUGUGGUGGUGUAUAUACUGAUACAUCUAAAUUAACGAAUGCUGCAAAACAGAUUAUUAAAUUAGUACGUCAAGAAGUAUCAGAAAUUGAAGCCUGUCCUGAUUGUUAUGCUCAUGGUAGAAAUUUACCAAGACCACAUCCAGCAUGGUUUAUUGAACCCUGUCGUCAUCCUCAUCCACUUGUAUGGGCAAAGUUAAAAGGCUUUCCAUUUUGGCCUGCUAAAGCUAUGCCUCGAAUUAAUUCUCAAGGUUUUAUCGAUGUGCGAUUUUUUGGUGAACACGAUCGAGCAUGGGUUUCUCCACGAGAUUUAUAUUUAUAUUCAGAAGAACCACCUGUUCCAUUACCAAGAAAGAGAAAAUUAGAUAUGGAAGAAUGUGUUAACGAAAUUACUCGUCACUGUCGAAAGCUAGAGCUUGUAUUUGGUAAAUUUAAAUUUGCACCUCCUAGAGUGCAAUACAAUCCUCAUGACCCAAUGCAAAUAAAAUUAAUGUUACCCAAUUAUGAUCCUCUUCAUUCUAAUAAUUGUACAUCUUCACAACAUUUGACUCCUAAAAAGACACCAUUUGUUAAAAAGCGAAUGCACAUUAAAACUAAUCUGCAAAUAGAUUCUGAGCAAGUAAACAAUUCCGAUAUUGGAAAUAAAAUGUCAAUUAAAUUUAAUUCAAUUAACAAAGGAAACAAAAUUGAAAAUAAAUCAUCUAAAGUAGAACAAGAACCUGAUCAUUUUCAUGAAACUGAAUCAGUUACAAUUACAAGCAACAAUUUAAGUAAAUUAAUAAAAAAAGUAGUUAAAGAGGAUGUACAACCAGAUAAAAAUUUAUCAGCAAAUUUGGAGAAGGAGAUAAAAGAAGAUAUAAGCAAGCCAAGUACAAGUAAAACUAAUACUAAUAAUAUAAGUGAUGAAAACAGUAAUGCAAUAAAGUAUGACACAAAAGAAUCAAAUUUUGCAAUGCUGAAACAAGGUAAUAAUUUUGAAAAUGCAACAAACAAUAAUACAAAAUCUUUGGAGAAUUCAUCCUUGCAAGUAGUAGCAUCUUCAAAAAAGCAUGUGGCAAGAGAUAUUCACAUACCCAAACAGGAACUUCCCUUUAAAACGAAUAUAAAUAAAGGAGGAGUCGGUCAAAAGAAUAAUUUUAAAAAUAAUGAAAAUACAGAAAAAAUUUAUAAACCAAAGACUAGAAUAGUCGAUAAAAUGAAUGCAGAGAAAGCUUUAAAAUUUUCUACAACAGAACGAAGUCAGAAUAUAAUAAACUCGAUAAUAUCAAUGAAACAGCAAAAUAAUUCGACAACAUUAAAAAAUGGUUCUAAAAAUGAUAACAGUAAUUUAACAGCAUCAUCCAUUUCAAUAAUGACUAAUAAAACAUCAGUUAAUGCUGAUAUUAAUGGUGAUAUUGAUAUUCAUAGGAAAAAUGCUGCAGAUAAAUCUAUUGUAUUGCCUUCCGUAAAUGAUGAUAUGUCUAAUGUAAAAAAAAGUAUUGAGAAAACUAUUGAAGAGAGAAAAAAAAGCGAUACUUUAGUUCAAGUUCAACAAACUUCCAGAGACUCGUCAAGAACAAAGGAUCAAGAAAUAAAGGAAAGUAAAGCUAGAAAAUCAUUUCCUAAUAAGACUCGUAAUUAUCCACAACUCGUUCCUCAUUCAUCGACAAAUAUAUCCAGUUCCGUGGAAGCUAUUCAUCGAACUGAAAAUUGUAUUGAGUACCAAAUGUUACCACCAGAAGCAGGUCCUAUUAGUGCUCGUUUAUAUCAUGAUGCUCAAAAUUUAACUAAAAAAAUGGCUAAAUUAAUGGAAGAAGCAUAUAAGGAGGCAGUUCAAGAAAAUAGAAAUUGCGAGAGCCACACUGUGUCUGAAAAUCACCAGGCUACAGUACAUUUUCUAAAAUUACAAAUAGAACGGAUGAGAUGGCAACAUCAACAACAGUUAGCAGAAUUAAAACACAAUACUGAUAGGAUAUUACGAGAAAUGAAAGCAAGCUUAGAAGCCGAACGAUUACGUGCUGUUGAGGAAACUCGUAGAGAAGUUGAAAAAGAGAAGUUACGAUGUAUUGAAGAAAUCAAACGUAAACAAUGGUGUGCAAUGUGUGGUAGAGAAGCAUUAUUUUACUGUUGUUGGAACACUGCAUAUUGUGAUUAUCCUUGCCAACAAUCACAUUGGCCAAUGCAUAUGAGGACAUGUGCUCAAAAGCCUUCAUUUGCUACUAUUAUUACUAGUUCUUCAAAUUCAAAUCAACAGCAGAAUCAUAAUAUUAAAAUAAAUAGUCUUACUAAUAGGACAUACGAAUUGCCUCAUAAUAAACUAAAUGAGAUUUCAGCAUCACUAACUUUGUGUUUUUCUGAAACUGAAGGUGAUGGAAAUUCGUCAUAGUAUAUAUAUAAUAUGUAUGUGUGUAUAUAUUUAUAUAAAAUAUAUAAACAUACAUAUAAUAUAAUAUGAAUUGAU